UAACGCUCGACGUCUGACCUCCGCGCAUCGAUUGCUUUUGCCUGGUCUCCCAACCGGAAAAGACACGUUGAUCCAAGAUGGUGGCCACCAGGAGGGGAGCGCGUGAGUCCUCUCAAACUAAAACAAACGUUGAGCAGUCCUGCCCUGUUCAGGCCACUCCAUCCACGGGUAGAAGAACCAGGAGCGGUACUCCUCGACAAGCCGAGAUCCCCACGCGCCGUGACUUGGCGGAGACCAGCGGACGGCUUCAAGAAGCAACGAGAGACCCGCAGACGUCUGCGUUGAGAAGAUGCACCCGGGCCUCCAGACUCCACAGCCCCGAGCAGCCCUGCACUCCCGCGGGCUCCACCCACGAGGCCGACGUGUCCGACCUGGAGUCGAGCUGCUCCGUCACGUCCGAUGCGGAACCUCCGUCGAGCAGGGCGGCCUGCAAAGCCAGCCGGGAAGAAGAGCUGUCCGAGGUGGAGUCCUGCUCUUCCAAGAUUCGCCGAAGCACACGAAGGAGAACUCCGAACAAGACGUGGGAAUCCGGUAGCUCUGUUGUGUCUGAGAGUGAACCUUCGGCGAUGUGUAGCAGAAGGAGCAGAAGACUCGCUGUCACCUUAAAUUACGCUGAAGACGAACUGUCUGAAGCCGACUCUUGCUCUUCUUUAGUGUCUGAGCAGAAAACUGUCAAACGCACGAGGAGCAGCGCCGUCAAGGUUGCCAACGACAAGGCAGACGCCCGCGAUUCAGUGCGCGCUGAAUCUCCAAAAGUCACCCGAAGUCAAAGAAGAAGUGCCAGAAUCUACACCAAGCUGCAACUGGAGGAGUCCGACGUUUCCGACGCCGAGAGCCUCACUUUGGACGUCUUGGGAACUGCAGCUCUUCAGUCCUCGAGCCGCAGGAGCGCAAGAUUCAGAAAGCUGAGUCCGAUUCCUUUUGACCUGAGGGAACCCCCAGAAAGCUCUCCAACUCGGAGUCGUCAAGAGAGGAAGAGGCGGACCGCCGCGACCGAUGAGAGGUCUUGCGACUCCGAGGGCUUUGAAUCCGGCACCGACUACACCAUCGCCAGGCGCAGAACGGUGAAGACCCGAUCCUCCAGCUCCAAGUUCGCAGAAUCGGACUCUGACCUCACGGACGGACAGUCGGCCCUGGGGAGCCCCGUCAGCAGUCGCGCCAGCUCGGGGGGCGGUCGGCAGCCGCGACCUCUCCCUAACUCUACCCCGUUAACGAACGAGCUCCACGUUGUCCUGGAAAACUCUACGGAGGGACAAUUAUUGCACGCCUCGAUGCUAGAUAGCACGGUGGUUGCCGAGGAAGCAGACGGUACAUUGUUGGAAGACGAGGGGGGAGCCACCUUGACGUCAAAUGAAGCGGGAGGGAAGGAGGUCAGACGGCCAGAACUAAACGGGGAAGAGGUUUCUGUUCAGGUCGCAGUGGCGUCCGCAGACCACCAGGGUGAGCCGUCUCCUGAAAACCAGGAAGAGGACGUCUCGGCAGUGGAAAAGAUGGAGGCAACUGAGCCUUCAACCUUAAGGAUAACGAGCGAGGAUAUCGGAAGAGAUGACAUAAAGGAUGACGGCCCGCAUAAGGAGGCGUCACCGGAGGUCCGGGAUUUGCAUGGAGAUGUGUCCGGACCGCAGGAGGAAGUGCAGGACGUGGAAGUCCGUGAGGUGAAACUUGAGGAUGCAAAAGCUGCCCAGGAAGCAAUCAUGGAGGACAGCAGGGAAGAAGACGGAGAGCGUAUCGACGAGGCGACACCCGAGGAAUCUCUGCCUGAGGUCACGGAAGCUCCCCGGGAGACGUCAACUGUCAGCCGCAUGGAGAUCGAAGAGGAGGUCGAGAAAAAGGAAGAUGAACCGGACGGCGAGGAUACGAGAGAGAGACCAGGACCCUCUGUGAGGACCGAGGAGACUAUAGCGUCGUUCGUCACUGAGGGCAUGUCACCCAAGAAAUCUUCCUCUACGGACGGAAAAGCCACAUGGAUGACUAAAAUGGUCAGCUUUGUAGAGAGCAGUGAAGAGGAGGAGGAUGUCUCGGACCAAGAAGGCGACGACAUGGACGAUUGGUGUGGCCCCUCCAAGGAACGAGAAAAGGAGGCGGCGGCGGCGCAGUCCGUCGACGGCCUGUUCGUGGUCGAUACACGGCCCGGGCAGGAGUUGGACGAAGAUUACUAUACGGAGCGUCUCACGCAGGAGGAGCUGGUCGGUGCCAAAGAAGCGGAGGAAGAGGAGUUUGUGGACGAGGAAGCCGGCACUGACGACGAUGACGACUGCGGGGAGGCGGCCCUCCUCACGUCGAGCAGGAAUCCUCUGUUGAACGAGAUGUCGAGCCGCAUUGACCCCGGCGUCAACGUGAGGCAGCUCGGCGGGUUGUACAUCACCUUCGACGGCAGCAAAUCAAAGCCGGGCUCCGGUUCGGUGCACCGGCGGGAGAAGACGGACCAGGAUAAGGUGAUGACGAAGAGCGUGAUGGGUCCGGACUUUGAGAAGAAGGACUCCCUGCCCCCGUACAGCGAGUCCAAACGAGCUUUGAAACAAAAACGCAGAGUGGAGCGCGAGAAGACCGCAGGGGACGCGUGGUUCAAUAUGAAAGCUCCCGAGCUCAGCAGCGAGCUCAAAGGCGACCUGAAGCUGCUGAAGAUGAGAGCCGCCAUGGAUCCCAAGAGGUUCUACAAGAAGAACGACAGAGAUGGGUUCCCCAAGUACUUCCAGAUGGCCACUGUGGUGGACAACCCCAUCGACUUCUAUCAUUCGCGCAUUCCCAAGAGGGAGAGGAAGAGGACCAUGGUGGAGGAGCUGCUGGCUGACGCAGAGUUCAGGAGCAACAACAAGAAGAAAUUCCAGCGGAUCAUGACUGAGAAAGCAGCUCAGGCACAAGGCAAGAACAAGAAAUACAAGAAGAAUAAAUUUCACAAGAAAUCAGACAGAGUCACAAAGUGAUAUUGUGUACAGAUUCUUGUACAAAAAGUAAAUUAUGGUUUGUACAAUUGGAAAUAACUUGAUUUUUAUUUCUUUUACAUAUAAAGCUGGACAGCAAUCAUUGUCAUUUACAAAUAAAAUAAUAAAAAGGCACAUUAUGAUCAAACUGCAAA